CUAACACAUAGAACAUCAUGACCAUAAAUUUUUGCAUCGUAAAUCUUUUUUGCGUCGGACUUUUGAUCACGUUUGGAGCUACUGAUAAUGUUACAUCAACACUGAAAAAACGAGAUACGAUUCUGAUAGGAAAUCUUAUUUUUAGCUCAUAUGGAUUCUUAAAUGACGCAUGCAAGUUCGCAGAGCAGGCGGUUUUGGAUGUCAAUAAUGCCGCUAACUUGUUUCCCUUAUUCAGACUGGAGCUGGAUCAAUGUUUACCAAACGACUCUGUGGUGGGCGUGAACACAAAAUUGUGGGAUUAUAUCUACAGGGGACAUGAUACACCCUUUAUAUUAAUCCCUUGGAUUGACGAAGACACGACGAUACCAGUCUGCGCUGUGUGGGGGUGUAUAGUGAAUUCUAUUGGUAUGCAAUCGGAUUUUGACGCCAAAACGUAUAAAUACUACACCAAGGCAGUUGCUGAAAACUCUGAUGUUUCUUUAGUUUUCGAUGCGAUUAUACAGCAUUUUAAGUGGGAAAAGAUGGGAAUAAUAACAGCCAAUAAUGACAUAAUGCCUAAUGCCGCUAGUGUGUUCAGGGAGAAACUAGCUGAACGAAAUAUAGAAUCAUACGCUGACGUUUUGUUCGCAAGUGAAUCACAUGACGUACCCGAUGUUAUUUGGGAACCAUUGAAGGGCCUUAGGAUAUUUGUCUCGUUUGCGCUUUUGGAGGUGGACUUUGCAAAGGUGCUGUGCAAGCUUCAUGAACUUGGACUGUACGGACGACAUCACGUGUUACUGGCCUUCUACUACCCUUUCGCAACCUUGGAUCUCAUAGAUAAGGCUAAUCAUGGGUGCAAUUCAAGUCAAGCUUUAGAAGUUCUUGAAGGAGCUAUAGUUUGUUCUCAAUUUGUUUCGACCACCCUUGGAAUAUUCACCGGUCACAGGCAUUUUUCAACGAAUAAGACAUAUGAUGAUUUGGCACAUAUUCUAAAGCCAACUACUCCCUCUACAGCAAGACAUUACCAGGCUCUGUUAUAUGACAACAUGUGGGCAAUAGCAUUGGCGAUCAAUACAACUAUUCAGAAGUAUGGCAUAGACGAAGUAAAGAAUUAUAAGCACAACAGUGACAAAAACAAAACGUUACUAGAAUCACUUUACAAAAAUCUUCUCGAAGAGGACUUUGACGGAGUGUCGGGUCUUUAG